CUUGGAUCCAGGUGAUUAGAAGCCAUCUGUAGCGCUUUGUGCUUGGGACAGCUGCUCAGAGGACCCUGUUCUGCAGAAGGAUGGCUGCAAAGAAAAAGGAGGUGGUGCUGCAGAUUAACAUUACUAGCCAGGAGCUUUGGGAAGAAGUGCUGUGUCUCAAAGGACUCAUUGUCGUUGAUGUGUUUCAAGCCUGGUGUGGCCCAUGCAAACCAGUAGUGAAUCUGUUCCAAAAAAUCGAGAAUGAAGUUGGCAGUAAUCUCCUGCACUUUGCUGUGGUAAGAUCUCACUUGGCACUGCUUGAAAUACCCAGUACUCUGAAAUCAGCUGAGGUCUAAGGGCUGAAAUCACUUUUCUUUCCAAUAUUUAGCCCAAAUCAUGGCAGUGCAGGAGUUGCAGCUGCUGGGAGUGAAGCUGCCACAUACAGGGGCUUGGGUAUAUCUAUAAGAAUUCACAUAAUUAAGGAUUUUCAGGCUUCAACUGCUCUAUGCUUUCCAGAUUUCUACUUAAGCAAGUUACAUUAGACAGAGCCAUUAACACAUUGCCUCUGAUGUACAGGAGAGGCUGAAGGAGCUGGAUUUGGUCACCCUGGAGAGGAAAAGGGACAGAUGUCCAGUGGGGGGAGGAUGGAGAAGG